AUGCAUCGCCUUCACUCUGUUUUGUCGCUGCUGCUUCAAGUGAUGAUUCAACACAUCGAGAUUGCUCCAGUGGUCAACCCGACUGCCGAGGCCCCACCAGAGUCCAACACUCAGAUCCAAGCGAUGAUGGAAGAGCUUCACAGUCAACGUAUGAUUCUGGAGAACUUCAUGCAACAGCGGAAGAUGAACUCCCAGAGUCAAGGAAGCACUGCAAAUUUGGUCUCCAAGAACCUCAAGACCAAGUCCGUGGCCAGUCCUUCUAUGCCGACAGAUCACUCUGGAACUGGGGCAAAUCACCGGAUGGCCAGCGUCGGACCUUCACAGCCUCCAAUGCAAUGGUGCUUAGCCGAGUCCGACGACGACGUGAUUGUGGAGGAGGAGGAGAUCGAGAUCAUCAGUGCCAAAGCCCCUCCAUCGUCAAGGAUUGCUCCACCAGUUCGUCAGCAACUGGCUCAGCAGCGAUCCAUCGAGGAGUGGGGAUCACAAAUUGUCAGCUGGGGAAAGAAACAUCGAGGAAAGACCUUCGAUCAGACCCUGCAACAGGAUCCAGCAUACCUCGAGUGGUGCCAGAAGAGAUUCAUGUCCUUGACACCGGAGAUGCAAGAUCUAGUGAGAUAUGGCCAACUCAAGAUGAGCCAAAGAGCAGCCGACGGUGAUUUGUCCACCAUUGCCGGAAGAUCCAGUUUGAUCAAGCAAGACGUCAUGAUUCCCAUUCUCAAACAUGUGAUGCUAGCGUCAUUUGACAUGUGCAGCUUUGGCCUUAGAAUUCCUGGAGCCCAGAAAUACUUGAAGAAGGGUAGUGUGGUCUUAACCACCUCCCGACAGUUUCAUGAGUUGUUGCAUGAUCACAAGUGCCCUGGUGGACACACUCAUCAGCGCAUCGAAGGCUCGAUAAGCCUGAAUGGUGUGAGUACGAAGUUGACUCACUUUUGUGCCACGUACUGCCAAGGUUUCGCCAAGGCCAUAGCUAAGUUCCUGUGUCACAGAACCCACACGAUGUGCCUGCCUUCCGAAGCGCUGGCCAUAGAUCUGGACGAUGAGAAUGAACCGCCCGCCAAGAGAUUCAAGUUUCUUGCCAAUCCACACAAACGUCGCAAGCCAAAUGAGCCUUUGGAUUUAGAAACACCACCUACCUCUGAUGAUGCCAGCGGGUCAAAUCGUCAUCCUCCAGACACAGCCAUCGUAGGGUCUGAGGCAAGUGCAGUUCCCGAGCAAACCGGAGUGCAAUCACCUGCCGGUGAAUCUCAGCCCUGGCAACUUGUAAUGCAGUUGGCACAAAGUGCUGCUCCCCGAGUAGGUAACAUGCGAUGUGAUGCAGACUCAGAGAUCUUUUCUCAGGUAUGUCAGCUCGUGCCCCAGAUUCAGGUUGAAAGCAUUUUUAUUUGCCGUGGCACGGAACGUUUUCAAGUUCCAAUUCAUGCACCUGCCUCACAUGGAUGCCCCAUUCGAUACACAGUUUGUUUGCAUCGUCACACCAACCAAAUCCAUGAUUUAGGACCAGAAAAUUGGCACAACAUGACUCGUGCACGACGCAUUCGAAACUGCAUUCCCAGCAAGAUGACCAUCACAGUAUUUGGAACAGAAAAAGUGUCUGAGCCUGCAAUUUCUGAAGUGCCUGAAAAGCAUUUGCAUGUCAGCCAUCCUAAUCGGGAUGACGAAAAGCCUGUUCCUGAAGAUCCCAAUGUUUCAGCUGUUCGAGUUCGAUCGGCUGACCAGUUGCCCCUGUCGGUGACACAAAGAACACCGAAUGCAGUUUGUGAAGGCUGGGCACCUCCACCUAUAGCGUUGCAUGGACCAAAAUUCCGACUUUUGAACGAAACUGAGAAGAAUGAACUCAUCAAACUCCAUAAGAAUCUUGGACACCCAGAUCCAGAAAAGUUAUCCCAACACCUUCGUUUACAAGGUGCAGAUCCCAAGAUUGUUGAUGCUGCUCGAGAGUUUGUAUGUGACGCUUGUGUGGAAUCAAGUUCGUUUCGACAUCAGCGCCCAGCUCAACUUCAUGAACCCCGGGAAUUCAACGACACCGUGGGUAUUGAUGGAUUUUUCUGGUCAGGACAAGGCGGGUUUCAGGUAAUGGUGUUUCAUUGCAUUGAUGAAUCUUCACUUUUCCAUAUUGGCAGACGAUUAGAUAACAGAAAUCUGGAACAUGUGUUGCCUGCCUUCUCCGAUAUGUGGUUUGCAUGGGCCGGAAGUCCCUCAAAUGUCUACUCCGAUCCCGCCGGAGAGUUUUGUUCGGAUGAAUGGCUCGCAUUUUUGCAGAGCAACAACAUCAUUCCCAAACUGUCCACGGAAGCAUGGCAAAAGGGUCGAGUGGAACGUCAUGGAGCUUUAAUCAAAGAGAUGUUAACACGUUUUGAUCAAGAAAAAUGCAUCCAAAGCACUCAAGAGUUUGACAUCGUGUUGAGAGCAUGCUUUCAAGCCAAGAAUUCCAUGUGCAAACACCGUGGAUACUCACCCGAACAAAUAGUGCUUGGAAAGGCUACCAAACUCCCAGCAUCCCUGACGUCGGAUGAAGAAUCGGGAGCACACAGCUUAGCCUUGGGACAUGACUUGGAUUCAGAACGUUUUAGACAACAGAUCACUUCUGAAGCCGAAACACCAGCCGAAAGUCAUGUUCAAGAGAAUCCUGAACAGAAUCCAGAGGCUAACCCAUCGGGUUCACAUCCUCCUGCGCUGGAUCUCGAAGAUGACAGUGAUGGCCUUUGCAGUGAACCCAUUCUCACAUGCCAGGAGGUUCUGGGACAGAUACAUCCAGAACCAGUGUACGACUGGAUGACCUUUCAAUCAGGUGAGACAGUUCAAUUGAAGGACCUAACACCGGCGGAUCGUAGAUUGUUUGACAUUGCCAAAGACGCCGAAUUGACAUGUUGGCUUCAGACAGGUGCCCUGAAACCUAUCUUGAGAAAGGGGCGUGCCGAUGAUGCAAAUCCCUUAGCCAUGGAACCUCCCCGAGAGCUGCGUCAAAAGCUUCGACUGGAGGACAAUCAGGUCAAGCACGAGAAACGAAUCUGGCCACCAACCUUAGCCAUUGACAAGUUGAUGCAGCCUCAAAAGAGUGUGACACACAUCAAUCCAUGGAGCUAUGCGGCGAAAAAGAUCCGUCCUGUGCUGGACAUCCAAAGAUCGCGCCAGCUCUUGGGCGUCACGGGACGGGUCCGGCCCGGCACCUUUUCAGGUACCAACCAGACGACCUAUGAGCAGAUCAAGGGGGCCUUCAGCGGAGCUGUGAAUCCUUUCCAUCGUGGGAUUUUGGGGAACUAUUGGGACAUUCUGUGCACUCCAGUGCGUCCUCGGUACUUCAACGCCCACUUUAAUCGCUUGCUAUGGCCUCCCAAGGGGGCCGUGCCAUUGGAACAGCAGAUGAGGAAAAAGAACGCCGCUGGGUCCUUGCCAAAGACGGACACUGCUGAGAUGCGUGACCUGAGCGUACCCCAGGAGACCACGUGCGACGCCGUGCCACCCUUGCCGCGGGAACAGUCGGACUGCUCGGGGUGA